CCAUUUACGCACGGGCUCCAGAACGCCCCUCCUCAGAAGAUCCAAAAAAAAUGACAUCACGUUUUGCAAUUCCCACGUUCAGUCCAGAAAGUCAGUACGCCUCCACGGAGCUCCUCUGCUCCUUGUUUCCAGAUGCAGGCACAGAAAGUCAGAGAAACAACGACUGGUUCUCUGUAGGAUUACACGGGUUUUCUACGUGGAAGUGGACGCUUCAGAUUUUUAUCAUGAAAGGACAGUUUGAGAAGUUUUUCUGCCUCAUGCCAGAACAUUGAUUCCUUUCGUCUUUUGCUCCAGUACUGUUGGCAUCAGCUUUUAUCUAUAUCUCUAAGCCUGGACACAUGGACUGAUCAGAAGUCUUUCUUUUUUUUUUAAUUAUGAGUGACUCCUCCUGGCUUCAUCUUCAUUUGGGGAUUUAACAGCUGUUUUUGAAAAAGAAACAAAAAAAACUUUUAUGGUACCUUCUAAAAAAGCUAUGGAACUGUCUUUGCAAAUUCACCUCUUUACAGUUUUUGUCUCCUGUAUUAAGGUUUACGCAGUGGUACAACCCGCCAAGCAUCCAGGCCUGCAGGUGUUGGCCACGGCCUCGCAUUACUGGCCCCUCGAUGCCGUGGACGGAAUCCACGAACUUUGGGACCAGAUUGGAAACAGACCAGGUUAUGUUAACGGAAGCAACAUAAGUAUGUGUAUACGUAACCCGGCUGCACACGCUCAUGGGAAUGCAUCACCUAAACGUCUCUGUCUGCAUGCUGUCAGAAUCCACAACCACACUGUGCUCCCUUCCUCCCAUAACUCUUCCUAUGUGUAUACCAAUGACUCUACCUACACUAACAUUUCUGCGACAGUAGAUAUUGUUGAAGGAAUGGUCAACAAGGGCAUCUAUCUGAACGGAGAUAACGGCGGCACCUUUCUCCACUUUGGAAACUACCAGAAUUCUUGCAUCAGUGACCCUACUUUGUGUGGUCCUGAGGGGAUUACCUUCUCCUUUUUUUGGAAAAACCACGAGGCAGAGUCCCGUUUUGCUGUAGCCUCCGGAGGAAAGGUAAUCUCCAACGGCUUCUCUGUCUACACCAAUCCCUUCAUAGGAUACGUGGAGUUUUAUACUCGAGGCAAUAACCACAGAUGGAAGGUCAACAUAAAAGUUCCAGGGCCCUACUGGACCCACAUUCUCUUUACAUGGACAAAAAAGGAUGGUCUGAAGGUCUACAUCAAUGGGACCUUCACUUCUGGUGACACAGAAGGUGGCAGCGUCACGGAGUACUAUGGAGACCCCUACCCUGACCUUGUCAUUGGAACUGGCAACGACAGGGCAUAUGGUCACUACGUAACAGGAGCCUUUGAUGAGUUUGUCAUCUGGGAGAGAGCUCUUUCGCCUAAAGAGAUCCUGCUCUACUACAGCGCAGCCAUAGGUCAGGCCAUGGUUUCUGCAACAACACCCCGGGCCUCCAAAGAAGACACUUCAACUGCACCAACAGUCAGAGCCACUGAAGUGAGUCCUCCUGUCGUCGUCAGCCAGCGUAAGGAGGUCCAAAGCUCCCAGGACUCGCAGUCGAUGCCAGUGUUGGGCUUCCUGAAGGGGCUGCCCAAUAGGACCAUUCCUCACAACACUGCCAACAAUCUCACACAGGCUUUUCUCAAAAGCGUGGAAGAAGUUCUGUCCUCUCCAGGCUUGCCAGAGUCCGCCCCUGUGGUCAGCGGCCUGAUCGAGACAGUGGACAGAGUGAUGGAACAUAUGGUGACUAACCUGGAGCCCAGCCUGAACUCUCUCAUCUCCCUUGGUGGAACGUCUUUUGUUGCAGAUUACUCUCUGAUGAAAUUCCCGCAGAAUUACAACCUGCCGCAUUACCGCUUCCCCAUGCAGGGCAAGAGCUACAUCUCUGUGCCUGGAGAGGCUUUUACCAUGCAGUCUCAAACCACCAUUGUUGGCCUCUUCUACCACAACAUGCACAACUACUACAAAGAGAUAAGCCCUGUCAAGACCAGAAUAAAUGAAGCAGCUGAUUUCAAGGAUCAUAAAAUCCAAGUAGCGAGCUGUCUCAUCUCCUUGAAAGUGGAGCCUUCACCGGCCCUGUCAGUCAACCUCUCUGGAGCUCCGCUCAUCAAGAUCGUCCUCACCCAUGUCAUGACUAAAGAACAGCAGGCACAAGUACUGAAUCAAAGCAACAAAGUCUUCCUCUACUGUGCCUUCUUGGACUACAGUUCAAAUGAGGGGAUCUGGUCCAAUGAAGGCUGUGUUCGCUCAGACGGCAACAUGACGUACUCUGUGUGUUUGUGCAACCAUCUCACCAACUUUGCCAUACUUAUGCAAGUAGUGCCGAUAAAGCUCACUACUGGCCACAGGGUGGCACUGUCAACCAUUGGUUAUGUUGGCUGCUCGGUAUCCAUCGUCUGCCUCGCCAUCACUCUGGUCACUUUUGCUGUUCUAUCCUCAGUGAGCACCAUCCGUAACCAACGCUACCACAUCCAUGCCAACCUCUCCUUCGCCAUCCUGGUGGCUGAGAUCUUACUGCUCAUCAGCGCUCGCUUCGACCCGGGCACGCUGCCUUGUAAGGUCAUGGCCGUCCUGCUUCACUUCUUCUUUCUGAGUGCCUUCGCCUGGAUGCUGGUGGAGGGCCUCCACCUCUAUAGUAUGGUGGUGAAGGUGUUCGGCUCAGAGGGCAGCAAACACUUCUACUACUAUGGCAUCGGCUGGGGCUCCCCGUUGGUGAUAUGUGUGGUGUCCAUGACAUCAGCUCUGGACAGUUAUGGUGAAGUGGACAACUGUUGGCUGUCAUUGAAGAACGGAGCCAUUUGGGCAUUCGUGGCACCAGCUCUGUUUGUCAUUGUGGUGAACAUUGGCAUUCUGAUAUCUGUGACCAGGAUCAUAUCCCGAAUCAGUGGAGAAAGUUACAAGGUUCAUGGCGAUGCCAAUGCAGUCAGGCUGACUGCAAAGGCAGUGGCUGUGCUCCUGCCUAUACUCGGCAUUUCCUGGAUCUUUGGCGUUCUUGCUAUCAACACUCACUCUCUGCCGUUCCUUUAUAUUUUUGCUGUAUUCAACUCGUUACAAGGGUUCUUUGUCUUCUUGUUUCACUGUCUUCUCAAUUCUGAGGUCAGAGCUGCUUUCAAACACAAAACCAAGGUGUGGUCUUUGACCAGCAGCUCCAUCCGAAACAUCAAUGUAAAGCCAUUCAACUCUGAUAUUAUGAAUGGAAAUAAGGAGGGCGUGACUCCCACCAAGAUGAACACAUGGGACAAAAGCACCAACUCGGCCAAUCGCAUCGACCUCUCCGCUGUGUAGAGCCGCAGAUGGUCACUUCUCUCUGUGGCAGAUGAGCAGUCUGAGACACCCUAGUGUAGAAUGACAAACACUGGCCAGAAUAUUAGUAAUGGCUUAAAUUGAACACUCUUCCACUCAAGUGAAAGUGAUACCAAAGGAGGUGUGGCUUCACCUUUAAAGACAAACAGACUAUGAGGACUGUGCCUUAACUUAAACUAAAACAUAAGUUGUGUCCCCAAAACAAAAGCAGGGAUUUCUGAGAAGGUCCGUGAAGUUAGUUGUUGUAUCCCCACAUUACUCGCCAAGUUUUACUGUGGGAUCAUUUGUGUUCUGUCACCUUACAUGCGUGAGUGUUUAUUCGACCCUCCAAAUAACAGAUUACUGUGCAUUAGCCACAAGCUAGCAAGCAACGACACGCAUCAGUAAACUACUUCAGAUCAGAGCAGAAACUGACGUGGUUCUGGGUGUUUAUUCCUCCAAAGGGCUGGCUAAAAGCUGCUGAACAGCAGCUUUGCAUCGGGCUCUGCCUGACCCACCCCCACCUGUGAUUGAGAGACCCCUAGUGGCAGGAAUUACAUUAUUGCGCCUGUUACAAAGUUCCACAUUUUGCAAUAUAUGAUUAUUUGCUUUCUUGCUGACAGUUAGAUGAGAAUAUUGAUACAACUUACUUGUUUGUUCAGUAAUUAUGACGCUAUAACAAGCAACUGGUUAGCAUAACUGAAAAAAAUUCACCUACUAGCACGUCUAAAAAUGUAUUUACAAAAACAAUGCGCAGAUGACACAUUGUUAUUUUGUGGUUAUGUGUUAUCUGUUUCCUCCAUUAUUCCUGGAUCUAAACUAAGCUAAAGUAAUCAGCUGCUAGCUGUAGCUUCACAGCAAUCUUCUCAUUUGCCUUUCAGCAAGACGCAAAAAAAAUCUAAUUUCCCUAAAUGUCAGGACUUUCCUUUAAAUUACGAAGAUGAUCGUACAUAAUAGAGUGGGACAGCACAUCAGUUUUAGUUUACUUGCAGAGAAUGUAACAUGUUAAAAUUUGAGAUGAGUACUGUAAGAGUAUGGUUGGAUACAAAUUCACGAACACUGAUAUAAAAUCAUGGAAAUCAGUCCAUUUAGCUAAAGUAUGGCGUUAGAUGAAUGCCUUAAAACAAUGAUGUAAUUUCACCUGUUCAUAACAUCAUCUCCACAAAAAAUGAAUUGCUUAUUUUAUCUAGAUGAACUUCCCAACGAUUCCCGUGAUCCGUCCAGUUUUCGCAUAACUUUGGGGACGACACAACAAUCAGCAGCGUAGCAGUGAAUAAGACCCAAUGUAAUUCUGAUAAUGUAUUUAUUUAUUUUGUGAUUCUGAGUUGUGUAUCAUGUCUUCUGCAAAAUGUCAAAGCUCAACAAUCUGUCUUUUCUCGUGUUAAAUUCUGUGUGAAUUUGUGUGCUUUCUCUGUUGACAUAAACCGAUUUGCAGCACCUCACCUCCGAGUUGCUGCGCCAUGUUACACUUUUUGAGGAACAAAUCAAAUCAAAUCAAUUUAAUUUAUAUAACCAAAAAUCACAAUCGCAUUGCCUCGAUGGAUCGAAUACUGGUUGUGGUUUGGACACAAUUCUGUGAAGUUUUAUGCUGUCUUUAGCUGUUUUUCUGUUGCUAAUUUCUUUGAAAUUUUCAUACAUUUUUAUACACUAAAAUGUUUUUAAUAUGUUCUGAAAUGGAGGGACUUAUUGCUUUUUUUCUUAACAUACUGUGAGAAUGGAGGGAGAUGACACAUUUUAAAAUGUCAUUGAUCUUACACUGUACCAGCAUUAAGUUUCCUAAAACAGGAUUUACUGUAAGUCACUCUGCGCUCACUUUUCAUGUCUGAUUUAAAGUUAAAUAUUUCAGUAUUUCUAUGCUUGUAUGACCAAAAAAUUACUGUUGUCUUGUGGUACUAUGGUUUGUGCCUCCAGUUAUCUAUUAUUAUAAAAUGUUUAUGACAAAAAAAUCUGUUGUAUCUUUAUUACAUGAGUUUCAGCAUUAUUUUAACUUUUGUACUGAUUGCUGGCCAACACAGCUUUUGCUAUUUGGUUGAUACUUGUGCGUGUACCUGUGAAUCACCUUAUUAUUAGUCAGUUUUUUGACAAGUGUAGCUUUGAAGAAUAUCAAGUAACUGAAAUGGUAAUAAAUGUAUAAUUAUUAUUGA